AUGAAAGUCCACCCCGACACCGACCUCUCCCGAAUAUGCCAGCGCAUGGCCGACGUCUCUAUGACUCCUCGACCAUCAGGAGUAAAUAAAGAUCGCCUCAAUGCCACAAGAGUCCCAAAAUCCACAUCCCUCCGCCGUCGGAAUGUACUCGGGGGUGCGCAUGCUGCUUUCGGUAAGACCUCCGAGGAAUUGCGGGUGUGGAAUGUUACUCGGAUCUCGGAACUGACUGUUGUCGUGUGA